GGGGCCGCUCGGAUUCAGGUUGGAGUUUUUGUGCACCUUGCAGGGAAACAGAUGGAUCCCUUCUGGAUUUUUAACCCGUGAAUUCUUCUCGAUUGUCCCGUACACGCUGGAAGAGUUUCACGGCCAGUCUGACGGUUACGCACAGGCGCGCAGACACCUCCGUGCGCCCGGAGGAGAAACGGUGACCAUGCCGUUCCCCUCGGUGAGCUCCUGCAAUGCCACGCACCAAAACUGCACCGAGAGCUCUAACUUUACGCAGCAGCUGAAUAGAAACGACACCGACCCGUUCGGACGUAACGAGGAGGUGGCCAAGCUCGAGAUCACCGUGCUGAGCCUGGCGUUCGUGGCGGCGGUGGUGGGCAACCUGAGCGUGCUGCUCGCCAUGUACCGAGCACGGCGGAAACCGUCGCGCAUGCACCUGUUCAUGAAGCACCUGUGUCUGGCUGACCUGGUGGUGGCCUUCUUCCAGGUGCUGCCGCAGCUCUGCUGGGAGGUCACGUUCCGCUUCUACGGGCCGGACUUCUUGUGCCGCAUCGUGAAGCACCUGCAGGUGCUGGGCAUGUUCGCCUCCACCUACAUGAUGGUGAUGAUGACCGUGGACCGCUAUAUCGCCAUCUGCCACCCGCUGCAGACGCUCCAGCAGCCCACGCAGCGCGCCUAUAUCAUGAUCGGCUCCACCUGGGCGUGCAGCCUGGUCCUCAGUACCCCGCAGUACUGCAUUUUCUCCCUGAGCGAGGUGCGCCCCGGCUCAGCCGUCUACGACUGCUGGGGGCACUUCGUGGAGCCGUGGGGGGUUCGCGCGUACAUCACCUGGAUAACGGUCGGGAUCUUCGUGGUGCCAGUGGCCGUGCUCGUGUUCUGCUACGGAUUUAUCUGCCGUACGAUCUGGAGGAACCUCAAAUACAAAACCCAGAGGAGAAAGAGCGCGGAAGCCAGCAAAAGCGGGAUGCUGAGCCGGAGCUCGGUGAGCAGCGUCAGCACCAUCUCCCGUGCCAAAUUACGCACGGUCAAGAUGACCUUUGUGAUCGUGGUGGCGUACGUGGUGUGCUGGGCGCCUUUCUUCACGGUGCAAAUGUGGUCGGUGUGGGAUGAGACCUUCUCCUGGGACGACUCUGAGAAUGCCGCCGUGACGCUCUCUGCCCUGCUGGCCAGCCUCAACAGCUGCUGCAACCCCUGGAUCUACAUGAUCUUCAGCGGUAACCUGCUGUCUGACUUCGCUCGCAGCCUGCCGUGCUGUUGCCACCUGAGAAACCGGUUCCACCACCAGGAUUCGGACAGCAGCAUCCGCCGGACCACGCUGCUGACCCGCCUGCAGGGUCAACGCCCUUCAGAGCCUUUCAGAGACCUCAACCCCACCCCCAAAAGCUGCCCGCCAAUCCCAUCUGCAUCCUGACCCCCAGAAACAUUACCUGUGUGUGUUUAUGUGUGUGUGUGUGCAUGUUUAGUAAAACUGCAGCAGGUUUGCAGCAGUAAUGGAAGGUAUGACAUCAUCUGAGGGUGCGUUCACACCUACACUCUGUUUUCUUUGGUCCGAUCCAGAGUGGGAAAGUUUACUCCAAGGGACAUUUUUGGUGUUUGGCUUGUUUGGGUUCACAUGGCUGACGUUUAAUAACUCAUUUCCAGUCUGCGGGGUUGGAGACUGUGGGGAUUAGAUGGCAUCAAAACAAAUCUAGUCACUGUAGCUGUUAGCAUGAUGGCCUCGUCUGCACUCGCCUUUUACAUGUCAAAAAAUAAAUGUCCUCGUACCCACGAACCCUGGUGCUGCAGGGCUGCCUACCUGAGCUCCAGGAGUAAAUAAAUGCUGUACAGUACAGGCAGUGUGGAUGUAUUUCACUUUGAAUGCACUACUGGGUGUGUUUCCUUGGAGAGCUGCGCUCGUUAAAGUAUUUAAAGCAUGUUUACGAAAUCAUUUUUUAAGACUUGAGGAUAAGUCUGGUGUUAUUCUGCAGUCCUUAAAUUAAUUCAUGUACAAAUCCCUUCCCCCUCAAAAAAAAAAAGAAAGAUUAAAGACCAGCCAUGUGUUUGUCGCUUCUGCUUUCUCCCUCUAAACAUACAAAACUUUAAAAAUGUAUUUCCAGCUCUUAAAGCCUCGAUAAAAUCCUCUUUGUUGUGCUGUUUUCUAAAUUUAACAAUCAAACAGGAAAAUAGUGCAUUUUGGGGGGACUAUUUUCAGUGGCGGAUGAAUUUGAAUUACUGUGAAAUCAGUGUUUUAAAGACACUGGUGUGGAAAGGUACUUUCUUAAUGUUUAUUGAAUUCUUUUAGUUAUAAAAUGUGGAAAGUUUGGGUUAAACUUUUUUUUUUUUUCAAAAUUAAAAAACAAAAAACAAAACAUUCACAAAAAGAAAUUAGGUUACAAAAUCUUUACUUUUAAGGAGCUGGAACCUUAAAACUUUGAUAGUUAAUAAUUAAAUCAUGGAAAUGACUCUGGGACAAUCACACGUGUAUCCACACUACGCUUGUUAAAAGUGUAAAUCCUAAUUAAAAGUGCUAUUUGUUCAGUAUAAUUAACACUGCCUCUGUGAACAUCUGUUUAAUUAUUAACUUUUAUUAUGAUGCUCUGAUGCUCGCUCAUACUUUGCUGGCUUCUGUAACAGCUUUGAGCUUCUUUAGAGACUCAUUCCCAGAUGUGUUUGUAGAUAUUGAAGAUAUUUUAUGAGUGUGAUGUAUUCUGUCAUCUCUGUAUUGCUGUAAUAUGUAUUGCAAUUGUUGUAAAGGAAGAUAAAAGCUGUUGCUUGUGUUGUCACGUGA